AUGGGAAACCGCCGAACAUGUGCCAAUCUUUUGUCUAAUCCCUGGGAAGGCGUUGAUCUCAAUCACGAGCAUCUUACGGAUGCUCUAGUCCGAAAAGCCAUCUCACACUUCCUUAGAAGUCAGAAGGCUUUCCGGUUCAACAACACUGCCGAAGAGUUGUACAUGCGCUACACAUGGUGGCCGAAUUUGACCAACGAAACGGCUCGACGUGAGCGCUUAAUUGCUGUGAGUGACAAACUUGAGCUCAUUAUUUUGGGCACUUACCGCUCCCUCAUACUCACCGGCUCGCAUGAAAGGGAAAUGGGAUUGCAAAAGCAGCACAGCAUAUUCUAG